AUGCAGUCUAAUCAAAGUAACGAAGUUGUGGUACGUGUUGUCGUCAUGGGCGCUGCGAAGGUGGGAAAAUCGUCAAUCAUCUCUCGAUUUCUUAACGGAAAUUAUGAAGAAACAUAUAAACCAACUGUUGAGGGAUUCUUCUGUCGAGAGUUUAAGAGCAUGGAUAGUACUCGGUCAGUACGACUAGAAAUAGUUGACACUUCAGGCUCGUUUUCUUUUCCUGCUAUGCAAACGCUAUACAUCGCUUCGGCUGACGCGUUCAUCCUGGUUUAUUCUUUCAUGGACUAUGACUCGUUUAAAGAAGUGAAAUCGUUGCGUCAACAACUCGUUAAGGAAAAAAAUGACGAAAACUUUCCAAUCGUAAUUGUCGGAAACAAAGAUGAUCUAGAAUUAACUGAGCGUGCAUUCUCCAAGGCAGAGGCUGAUUUGUCUCUCGAUGUUUGCUCUGGUAACCAUAUAGUAGUUUCUACAAAACUGAAUCAGAAUAUCAAAGAUAUAUUCUAUAAGACAUUGAGAGAAUGCAGGGUAGAAGUUGACGCGUUUGUGACAUCGAAAGUGUCAUCUCGAAGGCGAAGCCUGCCGGCUCUCUUCUCCGGUCGCAUCUCAGAGAACAGUUCAUCUUCGAGUUCUAGAAGGAAUUCCUUAGUAAUUGAGGAGUAUCCCGAAUAUCCCGAGCGUUGUAUUAUAUCAUAGACUUCUGUGUAUAAAACACUUCAUUUCACUGUAAGCCUGAUUGCUCUUCCUAACAUUUCAAAUAUGUUAGCUCAACAAAUUUUGCAAAAAAAAAAAAAAAAAAACACGGCGAUGUUCAGAUCAUUUUUCAGCGUUAGACAUCAGUGUAAAUCGUCGAAAAUAUUUGAUUGAACAUGAUUUUCGAAACUUCCAACAAUUAUAAAGAUUUUCUGCCGUGUCCAUAAUAUUGUGUUUAACGGAAGGAUAAUGAUUCAUCAAACGUCGACGUCCUCCACGUCAGAAAAACGUGGAAUUAAACUACUACAGUGAUGCACCACCGGCCCAGAAAACACAAAAGUUAUACAUUCGUGAACGUUGGGUGGGUUACGUCAGUAAAUAAGGUUAACACAACGUUGUAGCAACGCUUGCGUAUAGUUAAUUUUAGUCAGAAACACACAUACUCAUGGUUCUACAAAAACCGUUUUGUUAGCUGGAAAUAGUCUAGAUAAAUCUAGGCUUUUUAAACUAGGGAGAUGUUCUUAUUCGUGUCAACGUCCAUGUUUCUGUGAUUGGGAAGCAGGCGUCCUUACCAAGCUACACUUUACCGUGUUUGUAUAAAACACUGUCUCCGCUCCAGUAUAUUGUAAAUACAUAUUUAUGGUUCUAUGAAAAUGUUUGAACACCAAAAUGCUAAGUUACUUUAAUGUGAUAUUAUUACUGGUUUAUAAUUUGGUGUUAAAAAGUUCAUUAUUAGGGAGUUUUCGCGAGUUGCGCGAGCUUACGAAGAUAACGAAUACGGUAACUUCCAUCACAUUUUUAGGCACCCCUUCCCAUACAAUAGCAUAUCUGUGACAACGUAGGCGAUUCAUGUCUCUUGCAUGGUCUUUCGCUCGUACAGCAUAUCGUCAAAAAUGUUUUAGGCAUGAAUGCCGAUGAAGAUAAUGACGUAUUCGUAGGCCUAUUCGUUAUCGUAUUCGUAAGGUUGCGAAAUCUCCCUGCUAAUACGGUUCAACAUUAGGGAGUUUUCGCAAGCUCACGAAAACUAUAACGAAUGCUGUUACGUCAUCAAAUGUUUAUACAACCCUUUUCCCUCCUGUCACAACUUCGGCGAUUCAUGCUUAUUAUGUGUGAAUUAAGGGUCACAUUCAGCUCGUACAGCAUAUUGUCAAGAAUGUUUUAGGUAUGAAUGACGAUACUGAUACUGAAAAACGAACACUAUUCUUAUAAUUUGAAAGUCUGGACAGUGCUUUAUCAAACGUCUGGACCAAGUUCUAAUUUGCGGCCCACAGGUAGUGAUGACGUCGGAUUGUGAAACAACACUUUAAUCUAUUGACUCUGAUGCCAAUAUUUGUCACUUUAGUUUGACUUGCAAUGACCACACAAGUAUAAUUAAUAGUUACAAUUAAUUCUUUUAGGCCUAAAUGAGAGGUUACGUAGUGAAAUGCAUGCUAUUCUGAUAAAUUGGAUCCUUGUU